AGAGAGCGAGCAGAUUACAGCUGGAUCCUCCACAGUUAUACGCACACAUGCACAUGCCAGCGCACACACAUGCACGCUCCCUCACUUCAUCUCCGUCUCUCCCGUGCAGCAUCAUGAGCAGCACCGCCAGGGGGGGUUUCCUCUCUCCACCGAGGGAGUGAGGGGAGAAAGAGGGACAGACGAGGAGGACAGGUGAGAAGGAGAAAGAAGAGAGAGGAGGAGGGACAAGAAGAAGAAGGACCCUUAUUUUGACCAUGAGGCUGUGAGUUCCUCUUCCUCUCACAGAACGCCUCUUCUUCAUCAUCUAACCCCAUGGCUCCCAAAGUAGGUCCCAAAGGUCAGAGGCCCAGCACCCCCCUCUGGAUGCUGCUGUGGCCCCUGCUCUGUGCACUGGUCCUGGCUGAGGGCACUUCACUCGGCACAGAGGACCUGCAGGGCACCGGUGCCAUGUCGCUGCCGGAGGACUGGACCGGCACGACUGUGCAGCUGCAGCCGGACCUGCAGACUGAAGCCGAGACGCAGGCAGGAGCACAGACGGAGGCACAGACGGAGGCACAGACGGAGGCACAGACAGAGGCACAGACGGAGGCACAGACAGAGGCACAGACGGAGGCUGUGACAGAGAUGCAGACUCAGAGCAUCACCAGGAAUUACACAGGUCUGUCCUGUGUCCCCGUCAUGCCUCCGCGUCGGGGCUCCUUCUACGUGGAAGGUGGCACAGGCGUGUCUGUCGGCAGCGUGCUGGCCUUCUGGUGCAGAGAGGGAUACCAGCUGGUCGGCAGCGACAAGAUCUACUGCAACGUCAGGAAUGGAAAACCCCAGUGGAGCAACUACCUGCCUGUCUGCGAAGCGAUCCCCAGGCCAGAGGACCGAGGUCUGAGAGUGGCCGUGUUGGCAUCAGUGGUGAGCGGCAUCGUCAUCCUCGCCAUGUCCUUGUCCUUUCUCAUCUGCUGUCUGCAAGAGCGCUCGGGCCGGGACCGAGCCAAGAAGGAGGGCCGGAGCAGGCGCAGGGAGAAAAACUCAUCCCGCCGCAGCGAGUGUUGGCUGGAGAGAGAGGAGGGUGAGUGGGAGGCCUUCCCUCCUCCCAAGAUCUUCCACCUGUCCCAGAGGGUGAACCCCCGCCUGGCUCCAGACAGCCCCCUCUACCUCACCGGAGGCCUUGGGGGACACGAGAACAGAGGAUACCAGAGGAGUCAGGAGAGUUUGCUGAAGGCCUCCCUGCCCGGACUCUACCGUUCUGAGUCCCAGCUGUACCCGCACGUGGUCCUGCAGAGGGUCCCAACUCCGACGGCGCCCUCCGCGCCAUUGGCGCCGUCUGCCCCUCUCUACCUCCACCUCGCCGCCUCCUCCUCCGCCGCCUCCUCACCGGCCCAUACAGGCCCCAGCAGCCAGCCUCACCUCAUGGCGCAGUACCCAACCCCGACGUACCCACCGAACCCCAACACAGCGGUGCCCCCCUACCCCCACCCAGCACCGGCGCCCAUCUACCCCCAUCCCAACCCGGUACCACAGCGGCGAUGGCAGUAGCCGCCACAUUGACAUAGCCCUGUGACAUUCCUGUGAAGGAAAACCCAGGAAGAAAGCAUCGCAGGCAUGUUUUGGAGGCACAUGAAGUCUUUCCAUCUUCCUCCAUCCCCGUUUUCUCACACUGAAGGCUGCAAAUGCAACUUUCCAAAGCAGACAUGACGGGAAAGUGCAGACAUGAACACGCAGCCAGUCGUAGAAGCCUCUCUGUUUUGCCGCAUGCUUGCAGUUUGGACUGGACCCCAAGCAACUGAACACUGGAGGUUUUUCUUUGUCCUUAACUCUUACUGAACUACUACGGUUGCUGCAUUCUGCAAGAGGAGCUCUUCCAAAGAAGCCCUGCUUUCCUUCAGCCGUCAGAGAUGACUGCUUCAUGUAGCCUACUGACAAAGGGACAAGACGAGUUGUACUUACUUAGUUUAACCUUUUGACGCUCAAGAGAAAAUAACCCACAGAGGAGGAGGACUUCAAUCGAUGGCCGCCACUGUCUGGGCAGCUCGCGGACAUGCUAACUAUUUAAAUAGUUUAUAUUUAUUGUGUGAUUGGAUCCCUAUCACCCUCCCUGAGGUACUUAUUGCCAACCUCAAUAAAACAACUUAAAUAUCUAUAUAAAAUAUUUUGACUUAAAGAUAGAGACUUUGACCAGAGCAUGUGUGAUGUAAUAAAAAGCUUCUGGGUCACUUUUCUGAUCAGUUGUACUAGAUUGACGAUCUGGAUUACUGGGAAGCACUGUGAAAUGUGAAAUGCCUCCAUUGGCUGCUAUGAGUUUAACUCAUUCUGUCACAUCAUUAUUUAAAACCAAGACACGUCUCAUGGUCAGCAGUUACAAUAAUAUAUAGAUUCUGGCAUAGUCUCAAAUGGGUUUAGGAACAUGAUGAAAAUAUAAGACUCAAAUUCAGACUUGAAAUCAGAACCGGGCUGAAUGAUAACUGCAAAUGAUUGUCACACAUUGAAUCAGUACUGUCCGGUUUGAGCCCAGGAUAUAUUCAGAUAAUGUCAGAUUUAUUUCCCACAGAAAAUAACAGAUUUUUAAAUUGACUUAGAACAUUUUGAAAAUGUACAUUUGUCAGUUGCUGUGGGACGAAAGCUUUGUGCAGAUGAAAGCACUGAUAUGUACAGUUUGAGCAGGAGGAGCCAUGCGUGACAAGUCGACCUAUAAAAUAACCUGAAAUCUAAACUUCAGAUUUUCAUCUUGAUUUAACUUUUUUUAUAAUCUAAACCUUGAGCAUUUAAAACCCUGUGAGGCCCCUUAACUGUUGCUUUAGUUCACACUGGGGCUUUUUAUAUUUAACAGAAGGACUCGACUAGAGACACUAGCAAAUCAGCACUUUAUAUUUUUUCGAAGGGGGCGGUGUUUAAACGUCUUGGAAUGGACCGUCCUAGAUAUUUCUUGUACUGUUUGUUGUGUAAUAACGAGACUGCCAUAAAAAGCUCAAUAAAGAGAUUAUAGUUUAGGUCAACAGUU